GCAACCCUGCCAUUGUGUAGCCUGGCAACACCAACAACGCCAUACUUCUAAAAUGCUUUUUUCGGGCGAGUUUACAUUAUCCGCAUAAAACUUAAAAACAGCAAAAGCAAGUAAAAGAAGUAUUUAUAAAGUUUUAACAUAGCAAAUAAACUAAAAGUUACUGCCACAUGCCAUAACGUCAAUGUAAUUAAUACGCUAAAUUGUUGCGAAAACGCAUUUUUCUGGGAAAAAGCGAUAGCAGAAAAAUUAAGAGUGUGGUGAAUAAAACGGUUUUACGCAUUUUACUGUGUUAGUCCAUCAGCUGCGGCUGUCAAAAUUUGGCGUGCCGUGGUGAAUAGGCGCAAGCCGAAAACAAAACACGACCAAACACUAUGAACAACUUUCUGUAAACAAUAAUAAUAAUAGAGCGUGUGUGUCGUGUGUGACUGUGAAAUGGAUAAGCGUUUCAAACGGCCAAUGAACCAACAGAGAGGUGGUUAUGUGGAUCAACAAAACUACGGCCAACAUGCACCAAGAUCCGCCUAUCAGCAGCCCUACAAUAACUACACACACCCCAAUCAUGGCUACAACAGCUACAACAAUAAUGGCAAUAACUAUUACAAGCCCCCGCCACCGCCGCAGCAGCCCACAAAUGUCAGAGGUGGUGGCGGGUGCGGUGGCGGUUGGUUGGACCCAGCACCGUUGCCGCCGGAUUGUGGAAACGCCAAUAACGGCUCGGAUGUGGUCACAUUGAUAGUGGAGAACAAUAAUUUGAAGCGGAUGAUUGUGCUCCAUCUGAAUGUUAUGCAGGAUCAGACCGAAAGCAUAUUGGACAAAGAGAAAGAACUGGAGGAUAAAAAUGGACGCAUCAAAACGUUGCUCGCCCAGAACCAGGAGCAGAUGCAGCAGAUAGCCAAACUUAGCCUAACCAUUGAGGAUCUGCGCAAAGAAUUCCGUAGACAUAUGAAGCGGUCGGCUAACGAUACUGAUGGACAGCCCAAACUGAAAUCACAAUGUUGUGCGGAUAAACAAACGCAGACACCGGACUUUGUCCCAAAGGAGACGGUGCUGCAUGGCUAUAAACAUGGGACACAUUUAAAGCAGACACAAAACGUGUUAGUUACGUCUGUAACAGAUUUGCCGCCUACGACACCUGCUUUUGAGAAUAGUAAGGUGCGCGGCGAGUUCAAUGGCGGCAAAAAGGUGAGAACGUUUUUCUUGCACCGUGUGCAUCAAGAGGAGGAGCAGGAGCAACAGCAGGAACAUGAGGAGGAGGAGGUGCAACAACAGGAAGACGAAAGAGAGAAACAGCAGCAGGAGCAGGAGCAAUUGCAAUUGCAGCUAGACGAAGAUGAGUUGCACACACACAUGGACAUUGGCGAGGAGGAAGAGCUGGAGGUGGAAGUGGACGAGGAAGAGGAGCAUAUCUAUCACGAUGCGCUCGAUACGCAUGAAAUGGAAAUAGUGACUGAAACAAUUAUUGGCGCCGAGGAGGAGCUAGGCGCCGAGGAGACUGCCGAAGAUAAUGAUAACAUUAAUAAUGGACACAUCUACGAAGAGGAAGUCGAGAUGGAGCACGAAAUUGUUAACAAUUGCGAUGCGGAUAAUCUCUGGCAGCAGGAAGCAGAUGCGGAGGAGGAACAGCGACUGUGGCAUGCAGAGUUGGACAGCCAGAUGGAGCUGGAAGAGCAGCAGCAAAAACUCAUUGCAACGCCUCCUACACAACAUACAACACAAUUCACAGAUGACGAUAUUGAUAAUUCGUUAUUCCAAGUGCAAAAAUGUGAUGAACCGAUCCACACAAAGCUGCAAAAUGCACUAAGGGAACCCAACACAAAACAGGCGUCAAUCAAAUCAAAUGUGGACGAAUUAGCAACAAAGCCACGCAAAUUAAGGUUGCCAGCGACGCCGACUAAAGCUGUAGCCAAUCAUCAAGCAACCAAGUCGCAACUGGAAGCCACAAAGAAGGAGCGAAUGUUGGGUAAAUCAGUGAAGCAGCCGCCAACGGGGACACAGAAUGCAGCAACAGCAAAUGAUAAAGCGAUAUUGGCCAAGCCAACGCUGCAGCAACGGGAGCAGGAAAGGCAACAAGAGAAGGAGCAGGAAGCGCAGAGAGAGCGGGAGCGAGAUCAGGAAGAGCAGAGGAAGCGAGAGCAGGAGCGGGAGCAGGAAGAGCAGAGGGAACGAGAGCGUGAGCUGCAAGAGCAGCGAGAGCGUGAGCUGGAACAGCAGCGGGAGCAUGAGCUGGAAGAGCAGCAAGAGCGUGAGCUGGAACAGCAGAAAGAGCGUGAGCUGGAACAGCAGAAAGAGCGUGAACUGGAAGAGCAACAAGAGCGUGAGCUGGAAGAGCAGCAAGAGCGUGAGCUGGAAAAGCAGCGGGAGGAUGAGCUGGAACAGCAGCUGGAGCGGGAGCGUGAACAGAAGCUGGAACGGGAGCAGCAAAAGGAGCAGGAAGAGCUGGCCAAACGCGAGCAACAGCUGGAGCGGGAGCAGCUAAAGGAGUGCGAGGAGCAGCUGGAGCGGGACCAGCAGUUGGAGAGCAAGCAACAGCUGGAAAGCGAACAGCAGGUGGAACGGGAACAGCAGGUGGAACGCGAGAAACACCGGAAGCGGAAUCAGCUAAAGAAGCGCAAAAAGCAGUUAAAGCAGGAUCAGAAGCUGGAGCGUGAUCCGCAGCAGGUAGAGCGGCAACGGUCGAAGAAGCGUGAUCAGAAAAAGGAUCAGCUGAAAAAGCGCACUCAUCAAAAGGAGCGUAAAAAACACGGCGAUCGUAAACAAAACGUCGAGCGUGCACGUCAUAAGGGGACACAAAAACAGCUGGAACAGCAGCCGGAGCGGGAGCAGGAAAAGCAAACGGAACGGGAGCGUAAACAACGCGAAAAGCAGGAGCAAAAACAGACAGUAGCGCAAACAGAGGAGCCCAACAUCGAAGAGGAGACGAUGCGCAAACUACACGAACAUUUGCAAAAGCAGCAACAGCGACUGCAAAACCAGCAGCAACAAUUGCCGCUGGUGCGGCUCAAAAAGUCGCCCAUGCAGACGGGCAGCAAUACCAACCUCAUAUAUCCACCCAUAGCGCAGACGAGCGCCACAAUAACACCCGCGCCCUCACCAACAAAUGCGGCAUCGCCCAAGCUGAAGCUGGUGAACAACAACAACAACAACAACAGCAGCAACAACAACAAUAGCAGCAGCAGCAACAACAACAACAACAAUAGUAUAACAUUAACAAGAGUAACAUCGGUAACAACCGUAACAAUGAUCCAAACGCCGCUGACACCGCAGUCCAUCAGCAGCGUCGGCAGCAGCAGCAAUAGCAGCAGCAGCAACAACAACAGCAGCAGCAACACCAACAACAACAACACGAACACUAGCGACAACAACAAGCGCUUGGGCAGCACGAGAAACAACUCGAAAUUCCGCACAUCGCUGCAGCCAUAUACGACACGCUCCUGGGAGGAUCAAGAGUUUCAUUGUGACAAUGAAUUCUUUCUGGAGGAGGCCGAUGAGCUGCUCGCCGACAAUCCCAGUCUGGAGAUACCCAAAUGGAAGGUGGUGCAUAUAACACGCUCUGCGGAUUCCAAAGGCACAGAGCCGCUCAGCGAUGCGGACUUUGUGCGUCGCCACGAGAAGUAUGUCCGGGAUGAGAUUGAGCGCAAGAAGCGCGAUGCACGCUACUUACGGGAACAGAUGCGCAGCGAGGCGUUACGUUUGCGUCACAAUCAGGAUGAGGUGUUGAUACCGCUCGAUCCACUGCCAACGUCUACCUUCUAUCCGCUGCCCGAGGAUAUUGAGGGCAUACAGUUCGUUACCGAAGUGCCUGUCCAGGCGUUUGGUGAGAAUAUGAUUAACCUGAAACCGGAAUCCGAACACUUCUCGCUGCCCUGGCUGGAUGCGGUACAUGCGCCGACAGCGGAUGCCCGAGCCAAGGCGCAGGCUGCGCCCGUGGCGACGUUGGCCAGCAAAAAGCUGCCCACAACCGCCGCCGAGGCGCGACAUCAGGAGAUGAAUUCAUCGUAUGUGUUCCUCAAGCGACGCAAACGUCAGCGGAGACGUUAGGCUCGCAGCAGCAGCAGAUGCCGCAUGCCGCAUGCCACAUGCCACAUGCCUGCUAAAGCCCACACAUUGACGUUGCAUGAUGCUGAUAUAUAUUUAUAUAUACAUAUAUAUAUAUCUAUAUCUAAUUUUUUUUUAAACCCCCUUUUUUUUUAUUAAACCUAAUUUGUAACAAUAAAUAAUAACAGUCGUUAGUUUCUAGAGACUUUAAAGUGUAGAACAAGCUCGGAACGUUCAGUCUGAGCUUGUUUCAAAGGACGUAAACAAAACUUAUGUUAAAUAUUUAUAUAUACAGUCAAAAAAACAACAACAACAACAAACAAAACAUCUCAGCUUAAUUCUGAAUUGAUAAGAGCAAAAAAAAACCGCAGAAAAGUUUGGUUUGGCUUUAACAAAAUGAAAAUUGUAGACUUCAAAAGCUUUCUUUGCUGCAAAUCCUAUGUAUAUGAUUUAUUUAAGAAAACCAUUUUUUUUUCUUCUAUUUUUACUGUGCAAAACCGAGUGUAUUUAUAAUUUGUUAUAAAGAUCCGUGGUUCUUCGACAAAUGCAGGCUGGUUAGGGUGUGCGUGUGUGUGUGUGUAGUUUGAGAAAUUCGUUACUCAGGUAUAUAUUUGUGUGUGAAGCUUGUAGUGUGUGUGUACUGGAUAAAUUUCAUAGAUUUUAUUAUGUGUGUGUUGUUUGAACACAAAUCGAAGUCUGAUCGUCAUUUGACUGGGAUAAAACAUUUGGUCUGCAUUUUGUGAAAGCCAUGGUUCUACGUAUGCAAACAAAUACAUAUUAUACAUAUUUUUGUUUAAUUAUAAUUUGGAAAAAAAAACAACAACAACAAUACAGACUCUUGUUUCAUUUUGAGAGAAGAGAACCCACAAAAACUUGAUUUACAAGCAAUAAAAUGAGAAAGAAAAAAACUCAA